AUGGCUUCCAAAGUGAUCAUCGUCACCGGCGCCAGCCGUGGUAUCGGCCUGGCUAUUGCUCAGUACCUGUUGAAGGACUCCCACAAGGUUGUCUUGGCGGCCAGGUCCAAGGACCAGUUGGAGGCACUCAAGAAGGAGCAUCCUGGACAGGUCGAGUACGUUGCAGGUGACUUGGGGGAUCUUCAGACCAUUCCCAAGAUUGCCGAGGCCGCUGUCAAGGCUUUUGGCAAGAUUGACGGCAUCGUAAUCAACCACGGCGUGCUUGAGCCCGUCACUCGUCUGGAGCAUUCUUCAAUUGAGGAGUGGAAGAGGGCAUACGACAUCAACGUUUUCAGCGGGCUUGCAUUGGUGCAAUCUUCCUUGACAGAGCUGCGCAAGUCCACGGGCUGCGUUCUCUGGGUUUCUUCAGGUGCUGCCACUGGCGCAUACACCGCUUGGGGAGCCUACGGCACCUCCAAGGCUGCCAUGAACCACCUCUCCGCCCACUUGGCCGUUGAGGAGCCCGAUAUUACGAGCAUUGCCAUCAGCCCUGGCCGCGUCGACACGGCCAUGCAAAAGGUCAUCCGCGACACCGGCAAGGAUCACAUGGCCGACAAGGAUCACUCUUCAUUCGUGUCCGCCUUUGACAAGGGCGAGCUUUUCAAGCCCGAGCAGCCUGGCAACGUCAUGGCGCGGUUCGUGGUGAAGCCCGAGCAUGACCUGUCCGGCAAGUUCAUCAAAUGGCAAGCUGGAGAGCUUGCAGCGUACCAAGAGUAG